AUGGUGAGGCGUCGUCGAGGGAGAGGAGAAGGUCGUGGGUGUGGUAGUGGGCCGUUCCGGGGUGUGCACAACGGGCCAGUUUUUUCUCUGUUUGCGAUCUCAGGAACAUCACAUCGCGCCCUAUAUAGAGACGUUGUGAUCAGAAUAACUAUUAGAAUAGUGCUACUCGACGCAACAAGAAAAAAUGAACCCACCCCGAACCCCAGUCUCCCCACCUCCCAUGACCAACCUGCUCGAUCCCCAUCCCCCGCCGCCGUGGGCCGGCGAGCAAACUCGCCCCAUACGGUGAACCCCACCGCCGCGGGCCGCCCACCCAUCGUAGUGCGCCCCUUCAACCCCCGCCACCGUGGGUCGCCCAUCUACCGCGCCUCACCUGGUCAACCCCGCCACCACGCGCUUCCCAACCAUCGCGCCGCGCGCCGCCAUCCACACCGCCGCGCGCCGCCCGCAAUCCCCGCCUCCAUGACUCCUCCUUUGUCAUCCCGUUCUGCGGCAGCAAAUUUCGGCGGCCAUCCCGUUGAACAGCUUGGAUCUAGGGCGUCGGCGAGCAACUGCAGGUGCAGGGGGGACGAGAGGGACGAAGACGUGGCAAAGGAGCUCCAGCUCGAUCUUCUCGGCUGCCGGCGGAGGAGCGGAGCCCCCCGCGCGCAGGUCUGGCCUGAUUCUUCUCGUCCGCCGUCGUGCGUUCAGAGGCCUCCCGCGCUCGAGCUCCUACAGCAGUGGACACGAGCAGGCAAGGUGCUUCUCCUAUCGCGUCUGCUGGCAGAAGUGGAAAUCUAGCCGGCGUGCAGGUUCUUGUGCAGGUGGGUGUGCUAGUGUAGUUUUUCAGUUGACGAUCUAGCUAGCGCACUUUUUUCAGGUUGGCAUUGUUCAGUUUGAAAAGGUACAACAGUUCACUUAGUGAAUACGCCACCAAUUAACUUUGGAAAAGUACGCUGCUGAGCACUUCUCCAUCUAGAUUUGUUCUUGUUUAUGCCCCUCGAAGUAGAUGAUUCCUCGCACCUGAACUGUCGAAAGUCUAUACUGCAUUUUUUUGUAACUUCAGUGUAGUGAGCAGAUGGGGGCACCAGCAACGAACCAGCGGCGACCGGGCCUUCUCUCAUCCAUGAGCUGGCCCCACUCAACCUCUGUCUCCAGGACGAAGACGAUGUCCACGGCGCUGCCCAGCGGGAAGGGCAACAAAAAAGUUAAAAAAAAAUUGCUAGUGCAGCUGAUUGCCUCCUCUGUGUUGUGAUGUACUUCCUCUGUAAACAAAUGUAAGAGCGUUUAGAUCACUAAAAUAGUAAUAUAAACACUCUUAUAUUAGUUUACGGAGGGAGUACUAUGUUGUGUAGAUUUUUUUUGAAUUCAUGUUGUGAACCCAACUAAGGUUGAGCACAAAAGUUUAGAUGGCGGCUGGUUUGAAUUUUCUCCUAUAGCAGAAA